UCAACCUAUCGUUGUAUGUGGGUAGUGUGUUGUUUUCACUUUGCAGAAAGGCUACUGCUCUUGAUUAGUAUAAAAUUAUAGCUCACUGCUUUUUCUUAUGGAUAAACGUAACAUUCAUGAAUGUGACGUUUUACACAUUUCUCAUUUUCCGUGAAUGACGAGAAUUUAAUAGUUGGUGCAUCUUUGUACAGUCAUGGCUUCUCACAAUGUCCAGAUAACCCUGAAGGAAUUUUGCCCUCUCUAUUAUCUAUACAACAACAUCCCUGUAAAGGUCCAGAAAGGAUUCCGGUCAGUACAGGUGUAUUUAACAGCUCUGGACACAAGCAGUGAUUACAUUGCUGUGGGUAGCAGCAUUGGAAUGCUUUAUCUGUACUGCAGGCAUCUUAGCCAGAUGAAUAAAUACAAUCUUGAGGGCAAAAUGGAGGCCAUAACAGCUGUGAAGCUGCUCAGUUGUUUUGAUGAUCUGGUAGCAUUGGGCACAGCCUCGGGUCGGGUUGCCAUCUUCCAGCUAGUUUCACCCCUACCUGGUCGGAAUAAGCAGCUGAGACGCUUUGAUGUGGUUGGACUGCAUAAGAGUACAGUUACUGCAUUGGCCUGGAGUGCAAAUGGCAUGAAGCUCUUUUCUGGGGAUGACAAGGGGAAGGUCAUUUACUCUGCAGUGGAUCUGGACCAGGGUACAUGUACUCCUAAACUGCUGUUGGAAGAAUCGUCAGCUAUAGUACAACUGGAGUAUAGUCAGAAGGUGCUGCUGCUCUCAUCCACCCAGCGCUCCCUCUUGUUCUACACUCAAGAUGACACACUGUCCCAGCUUGGCACAAAACCCCGUAAAAGCAAUGGAAAAUUUGGGGCCUGCUUCCACCCAGCCUUGUGCAAGCAGAGUGACAUACUGGUAUAUGCAACACGGCCUGGACUGCGCCUCUGGCGGGCGGAUAUUCAAGGCAGUGUGCAGGACACCUAUCUUCUAAAGGAGCUUUUUGCAAAGGAAUUGCCAUACUUUGAACUGUUUCCACACUCGUUCCCUUUAGGAGGUCAAUGUCUUCCAGAGCGGCAGCUGGGCCUGAUCACCUGCUUCAUGAAGGAGGACUGGGUGCUCAGCUGGAAUGAGUACAGCGUCUUUGUGUUUGACAGCCUGAACCAGGUGAUCAUUGGUGGUAUUGAAAGCUGUGGAGACAUUGUGUCAGUCUCUUGCACAGAAAAUGAAAUCUUUAUUCUUAAAGGAGAUCGGGACAUUAUUCGGAUUUCCAACCAACCUGAAGGCCUGGCUUCAAACUGGUCUGAGUUGUCAUUCUCUCCAUUGGCAAACUCCAUAAUGCUUCUGCCACACAGUGGCGCCGUGGAGACAGCGGAACCUAUAAGGACUAUGACUAUGAUCUCCGAGCAGAAGGAGAAAGGAAUGGAUGGAAAAGUACAAAAAGAGAAUGAAGAAGUGGAAAAACAAAACUUAGUGGAGGAAGAGAAGAUGAUCAUAUUAAAUAAGCAAUUUGAGAGUGAAGAAGAUAAGCAGAUAAGCAGCAAUUUGGAACACUGCAGCCGCAGCAGUUCUAUCAGUGGCAUCAGUGAGCAAUCAGAUCUCUCCUCCAGCAGGUAUAGCAGCAUCACCCAGGAGGAUUUGCAGCAAGAACUAGUGGUUAAGGCCAUCAAAGUUAAGAGAAAGACUAAAAGGAGGAGGCAGGAAAGUGGGAAUCGGAUUUCAGAGCACAGCAGCUGGUCAGAUGGGGUGUUCAGCCAGGAAGAUGGCAGCAGUGAGGGGAACAACACUCCUGUUUAUGAAGUGGAAUCUCACUGCACCAGCCUGAACUUAGAAAGCAAUGGACCUGCUGACCAGGGCGAGAUUAUGAAUUUAAGCUCCCAGAGCAGUAACCCAUUUAACCUGCUCAUCUCUCCAGAUCCGGCACCAUCUUUGGGGUGUCACAGCCCUGUGGAAAUGUGUUUGUCUGGUACUCCUGCACCUUGCUGCACUUCAUCCUGUCCACCUUCUCAGUCUUCCCAAGGACUAAACAGCCAUUGUCAUAAAGAGUUCAGAAAUAAUGGCCAAGAUCUGUCACUCUCAGAAAAUGAAUGCUGUUAUGACGUAAAUACCCCAGAUGUGGACUCACUUCUGGAAUGUACCUUUUCAUAUACAAAAACAGGGCAUGCCCCCACAGAGAUACUGGCUGGGCCCAAUCUGCAGAUUUCCCCCAAUGGUAAUUUGGUGUAUACAGAAAACAGUCCUGAAAAUCAAGCUGCUUACUCCAGUGAAAAUCUGCCUCAGCUGGGCAACUCAUGUGAGCCAGAACUAUGUGUAUCUAGUGAUGAAGAUGACAUCUAUGCUUAUGUGGUGCCACCCUCCCGCAACUCUGGCCUAGCUGAUACUUUGCAAACUUCCCAUUACCAAAGCUCCAGAAUCAAGAAAUUGGUAGAAGAAGAACCAAAUCUUCAUAAAUCUGAUCUGUUGGCAGAAAGUUGGAUGGGCUACUCUGGGCCAGCUUGCGGAAUCCUCAGUCUAAUGGUGACAGACAAAUAUAUUUGGUGCCUUGACUUCAAGGGAGGCCUAUACUGCAGUGCAUUACCUAAUGAUGGUCUUCGCUGGCAGAAGUUUGAGGACAAUGUGCAGCAGUUAGCAGUAUCACCUUCAGGAACACUGUUAUGGAAGGUGGAGCAGAAAACCAACAAGGCUUUCGCUUGUGGAAAGGUUACCAUCAAGGGCAGGAGGCACUGGUAUGAAGCUCAGAGCCAGGUCAACUUUGUGACCCUGAGUGAUGACAGUGCUUGGAUUAUAUCUAGUAAUGGAGACCUUUUCUUACAGACUGGGUUGAGUGGUGACCGUCCCUGUGCCCGGUCAGUAAAAGUUGACUCCCCAUGUCCCCUGGUCCAAAUAACAGCAAGAGACAGUGCUGUGUGGGUCCUCAGUGAACAGAGAGGCGUCUUCUACAGGGAGGGACUUAGCAGCUUCUGUCCUGAGGGGGAACGCUGGAAACAUGAUGAUGUCAGUGAGAGACAGGGUCUAGAACCAGUUUGCAUUUCCUUGGGACAUCAGCAGACCCUUUGGGCCUUGGAUACCAAUGGAGACUUGUGGUUUAGGACUGGGAUUUCUACAAAAAAGCCCAGAGGAUCUGAUGAACACUGGUGGCAGGUUAGCAUCACAGAUUAUGUUGUAUUUGACCAGAGCAGCCUAUUGCAGACAUUGAUCCAAGCGACUCAGAGUGUAGCCACAGCCACUAAGGCACCUGUGGAGAAAGUUGCAGAUCGCCUGAGGGUGGCAUUCUGGUCACAGCAACCCCAGUGCCAGCUUAAUUUGGUCAGUGCCAGCAGCAGUGGAAUAUGGAUCGCCUCUAGCAGGAAUGACCUUCAUGUGGCCAGGGGAAACCUCAUUGGGACUUUCUGGAAAAGUGUUCUCCCAAGAGGAACAGCUUCAACUACCAAGUGGGCUUUUGUUUUGGCCUCAGCUUCUUCAACAAAAGAAGGGAAUUUUCUGUGGCUGGGGCAGAAUAGGAAGGACCUAUUGUGUAUGUGGGACCGGGAUAUUCAGCUGCGCCCCUCUACUGUACAACUGCCCACUGAGAUGGAGAUGUUGCAACUCUCUGCAUGUCAUGAUGCUUUGUGGGGCAUAGACAUUUAUGGCAGAAUUCACAUCCGGACCCUGUCUACAAGCUGCCCCACUGGCAUGUAUUGGACGUUGCUUGACCUUAGUCAGCUUGGGGAUGUAAAGCUUGUUAGUGUUUCCUGUGGAAGUCAGAAUGUGUGGGCAUGCGAUCAGAAUGGCAAUGUGUAUUUUCGUGUUGGCACACAGCCCCUUAACUCCAGCAUGAUGCUCCCAGCCUGGAUCUGCAUAGAACCCCCAGAACAGCCAGUCGGGGUGCAUUUGGUUAAUGUGCACACAAGUCCCAAUGACCGCAUGCUGUGGGCUCUGGACAGCAGAGGCAACGUACACGUGCGCACUGGAAUCACAGAGGAGAUGCCAGUGGGUACGCAUUGGGAACAUAUUCCAGGCCUGCAGGCCAGUCAUCUUGUUCUAAGCGUAAGGACUGUGUGGGUGCGCUGCCCUAAUGGGGAAAUAGCCCGGCGCUAUGGGAUCACAGAUAAGAAUCCAGCUGGUGACUACUGGAAGAAAAUCCCUGGCCAAGUUAGCAAGCUCUCCGUGACUCCUGAAGAUGAGUUGUGGGCUAUCAGUCUCUCCGGCAGUUUGAUUUGCAGACUGACAAAGACACUGCAGCACAAUGUCUGUAAUUCAAAGGUCAGUUUAGGAUGCCUAAAUGAUGAUUUAGAAGAAGAGUGGGAAGUGAUCUAAAAAAAGAAUUCAACAGUUCUAUAUGAUGCACUUACCAACUUUUUGGUGACAUUUUAUGUACUGUGUAAAUAUCAUGAAUACACUCACACACACACACACACACACACAAAUGUCCUUUCUUGUUAAACUUUGCACUUCUUAAUAUUCCAUCAGUCUGCUUAAUUUUGGUGUUUGUCCUCAUUUUAUGUCUUUUAUGUCAAUAAAACCAGGUGUGGCACGACUUUAAAGUAAUAAUUUUGCUCAUGAAUACACUUUUAUAAGUAUAUAGUACACAAUAACCUGUUUCCUCUAGCUCUAUGCAUGUGCUUCACAAAAACAUAAACUUUGCUAAUGAGAUAAAUAAAAAAUAUGUAAGUAUGAAGAAACUACAGUAAAAUGAGAAUUAAUCAUUUUUGUUUUAUUUGAGAAUUAAGUUAAAUCCUGUGAUUUACUGUUUUUCACUUUGUGGUUGCCAUAUUGUUCUGUUGAGGAAUUUUAUUCGUAUUUAUGGUACCCAUUGUAAAAAUGUGUAUUUUCAAGUCCUAUUCAAUGUGUUUGUAUGCUAAUAUAUACUGUAAACAUUAAUAUUUUAAUGUAAAAUAAAUGUCUUGUAAAUAUCAACUGUAUAACAUUUAACACAGAAAAUUUCAAUGCAGUAAAUUAAUGCAUCAUCUUAAUUAUCACAUCAGUAUGAGUAGGCUAUCCAUUCUUUGUUUUUCUUAUUCUUUCUUGUUCCUCAUUCUCUUUCCCUGCUCAAUAAAAUCUAGCCUUUAUGCCUAAUUUCACACGCAUAAUCAACACAGCUUCAAAUCAGAAAUUUAGCAACUACCCUGUCCUGAUCCGCAUUGGCGGUUCUGAAACAGCUGAUGGUCAUUUCUGGUUUGAUUGUAAUUAUACUGUCAUCACUUGGCUCCUCGUUGUGAAGUUUUGUGAAUCGCUCCAUUCCUGUGAUUAGGCCUACUGGUGCCUGUGUUACCAACCCUUGUGUGACAAUGCUCUGCCUCUUGGAUUUUGUUUUGGACUCAGUAUUGCACUGGUGUGUUCUCAGCACCUUGCCUCAUUACCUGUCCCGUCUCUUGGAUUUUGUUUUGGACUCCCCAGUCAGAUCUUUUCUGAUCUCUUGCCUGUUUCUCGAUUUGCAACUUUAGAUUGUGAUUUAAAUAAUAAACGGCAAUGAAUAGUUCUGUGA